AGCCCGCCAGAAGCAGCGUAGCUACAAUAUGUCCGAGCAAGACUUGUAACGUUUAUGGCGUUGUUAAAAAAAGUGUGCACAUUUUAGUAUGAUAAGGCUUUGUUUUGGGCGCUAAUAAUGUUUUCAUUAUGUAAAUACGUGUGAUAUUGAACGUUAGGCGUUGUGUAGUUUAUAGUAUAGCGCACCUAAACGUGUACGAGGUAAGGUUCAACGUUGUAUGCGUUCACAAUCUCGAUACGUUUCGGAGUUAAAUACACGGCGAAGGCAAUAUGGCGCAAACUGCAUAAUUUACGCCACAGACGUGCAUUUUUCGCGUAUUUGUUAACUCUCGCCCUCGAUUUUCGGUUAGUUUAGUUAAAAUCCGCCGGAUGGCCGGACCGCCAUUGUAAAUUUGCUUCGCCGUGACUAGUAGUACGACCGUUAAGCUAUGGAGGACGAGGAGAACGUUAAAAUGCUAGACCAUCUGCAGAAGUACGUACCGCACUUAGAAAAGCUCAUUUCGCAGCUCAAAGAUCCGAAAAAGAAAAAUAAGGAGCUGCAGCUUAGCAAACUGGAGGGACUUCUCUCGAUGAUUACCGAUAGAAAAAAGAAAUUGAAAUUGGACACGCUUAAAAAGUGCGAGGACGUUAUUUUGAAAAUCUUACAGAAAGUGAACAAAAUGGCGGAAGAGGAUACCUAUCGACAUACUGUGAGUGGUAGGUCGACACGAGUCUCAUGCGUCAGUACAGAUCAGGAUUUCCAAUGUGUUUCCAGAGGAAGUGUAUUUAAAAAAAUUUUAUUGGCUAUUGCCGUCAGUUCCAAGACCUUGCAUCAAAGGAAGUCUGUCGUCCGGGAUGUUUCUAAAAAUUGUAUAGUAGGCCAUAUUGAAUUUUAAUAGAACAACCCUUUUGGUUACGGCCCAAUAGCUAACCAAAACAUACUCCAUUUCCAAAUUUUCAUAAAACAGGCAAAACGCACUUGAUUACACGUUGUAGCGUUAUGGUCUUGGUGUUGUAUGAGUGACUGCCGAAAAAAGUACUCAGUUUUCCGUUAAUUCAUAAUGAGCUGAAAUAAUGUGUUGUACAAUUUUAUUAUAUUAACAAUUUA